CUCAGUCCAGUCUCUGCUCUCCUCCUCUCCUGACGCAGACCUGCUCCCGCACCGAACUCCGGAUCGACUCCAGACUUGAUUCGCACCUUUAAACGGACAUGAUGCGGUUCACUGUGAGGACAGUCCUCAGGUCUGGACAGCUCGGCGUCCUCGGAGACUGAUAUCACCUUCAGACCAGAUUUCAACUUUCUUGUAUUUGCAGUUUAUGAAGAAAACCUCAGAGAUGUUUCUGCACGGCAUGAUCAUGUUUGGAGGCUCGUGGGUGAAACGGAUGGUGACAUUUCUUCACGUGGGUCUGAUCCUGCAGCUGAUGGUGUGGAAAACGGUGAGUCUUUCCUCUCAGUACUCGGGGAGCUUCAGAGUGCAGAUAUUUAAUGAUCAGGUUGUUUAGUUCAUCAAACUUGCAAAGAAAGAUCAAAACAGUCAGAAAAUCUCAGUUUGAAAUGUUCAAAUUCAAUCAAACAACUUUGAUUAUUUCGAUCGGAAGUGUUUUUUUCCACAUAUUUGCCGAUAUCGCGCCGAUUUUUGCUUCCUACUCGAUGUAAUUUCAUCAUUCUCAUGUUUUCUUCUGUUUGCGUUCCCACUGUCACUUUCCUCAUAUUUUAACGGUCACUCACAUGUUUGUUAAACUCAGAGGGGGUCAUGUAUUGUAUUUAAAGAGCUCUCUGUCUCCUCCAAGUGAGUCUCAAAUUUAAUAUUUUUAAUUGAUCGGUAAGAAAAUCCCAUGACAACAUUUUGCACAAUUGCGCACAUUCAGAUGGAAAAAAAAAAUCCUUAACUUAUAUCAAGUUAGGGAUAAUUUAAAGGGAGGAAGUUCCCAUGAACAGAACAGAGUCUAGUUUUGGAGGAUUUUCCCAGCAUGAUGUGAUUUAUGAUGAUCGGCUGUUAAAAAAGGGAAAGAGUUUCAAGCUCCAGUUUGAGAAAAUGAUCCAAACUUGAUUUAAAAGGAGCAUUACUAACAAACAAGUCUUUUUAAAAUCUUUUAUUGGAGCUAUGACAAACUGUUAAAGAAAUAUAACACUCUGAAAUGACUGAUGGAAUCCUCUCCCAGUCAAAGCAGGUGUUUGCUCAAGGUGAUGGUGUGUUUACUGUUAACAGGGCUGACGGAUUUGGAAGAUAACUAAUAUUUUGUGUUUUUAUCAUGAAACAAACCAUGCAGGUUUUUUAAUAAUACAGCUGUAACCUACAGUUUGGAUCCUUUAGUUCAUCUUCUGCCUCUAAAUAAGACCGUUCAGCUUUAACUACACUGUUCAGUCCUCUGAGAGCAGCGUUUACAUCUGCAUGGAGAUGUUGAGAGAGAGAGAGAGAGAGAGAGAGAGAGUACAGCUGGAGUGAGACCUUAAAAAUCCUUCAGUUUCUGAUGAUAUUAAAAAGUUCAAUCUGCGUCAUGAGAGGACAUCUCUCUCAUCUCUUGCCAUCACCACUAUGUUCAUGUGCAGGUAGAAACUCUUUAACUGUUUGUUCAGCAGUCUCUACGUGUUUCCAAAACACCCAUGAGGACGAGAACAAGCAGGUCAACCCAGUUUUGGCUACAGCAUCUGUGAUGGUGUUUUUGUGUGGAUGUUUUCAUCUUUAAAAAAUCGAUUUAUUGCAUUGAUCUGACCUCAACUGGACUUUAAAAAAAAAACCAUCCAAAUAUGUCAGUCUGACAGAAAUUGCUCUUAAUCAAACCUGGAUAAUGUGGUUGGGGAUCAAUCCUGGAGUAGAAAACAAAAACCUCAACAGAAGAAGAAGAAGAAGAAACAUAGAAAGGUGACCAUGAGAUGACCGAGCCGUAGUGAGCUGAAACAGAGCGUAUCACCACCUCCUGAAACAGAGGCAGACGUGUCGAUACGUCGGUAAGUAAAUUCAUGUAAACCGGGACAAAGACGGUCCAGUCAGAUCGCCCAAUCGAGCUGAAACUGUCGACCGACUGAAGCAAAGAUGUAGAGCGGUCAGUCCUCUCUGUGUUUGUGAACGGCUGAAAAAAUGACCUGACGAGUCUCAGGUCAUGUGACUGAUAUUUUACAUUCUGCAGACUAUUGCACAUGUGCAUAUCCUAACUAAUGUUUGAAGGAUAUAUCGUUCAGCCCUAUCUGCUGGUGUUCUCCAUCAUGUGUUCGAGUUAUUGAAGUGUUUAUGUUUUUAAUGAGUCUUAAGCCGAUUUGCAGCGAACAGAGAAAGCAUCAGUCCUUUUUAUUCUGCAUGUUCACGUUUGAAAGUCAAACAACGAGGACAUUCAGGAGGGUGGAUUUCCUUUUUUAUUCCACUUGAUCCUCACUUGAACUUGGAUUUAUUUCCACGGCGGACUCAUUUCAUCUUACUGAGCUCUGUCGGAUCAUCAGAGUCUGGAUCACAGCGGGGGGUUUGGUUCUGUGACGUCUCUGCUGAUCCUGGAGGAGUCCCCUCCCCUCAUUACCGUUUCUCCAGAGUCCUCUGUCUCUCUGAUAUCAGCAGGGGGGACGUCGAAUGUUGCUCAUUUACCUGCUGGAGCUCUAUAAUGACACUUUAAGUGACUGAGUUCAGGGUGUCUUAGUGUAUAAAGAACAGAAAACAUCAUCUCUGUGAAGCUAAAUAACCGCCUCGAAAGGCGCCGACACUCGGGCUGGUGGAGCUAAAACAUGAAGGCAUGCAGAGAGGCGACCUUACUUAUCGAGCUGCAGGAGUGAAGUCACAUGAUUCACCUCACCAAUAAAACGUGAAGAUCGCUCAUGUUGGUAAAGUCCGCAGGAGAACACAUUAGAGGAUUUUGUCUGGGUGUUAAAAUAAUGAGUCAAACAUAAAAUCGACAUUUAUGGAAGUGAAAAAAGAAAUAAAUCUGCAUAAAUGAGUAAAAAAACACUAAAUGUGUAUUUUUAUUAAUAAUGUGGUUUAAGAGCAGGAGGGUCUCUGUCAGGUUGUGGUUUGGUUUGUAGUCAAGGAUCCAAAUUGAGCGCGUUGUUCCGUGUUUGCUCCGUAGGGAAGCGUUGGGUAUCUCAUCCAGGAUCAGCGUAUUUGGAGCGCAGCAGCAGCGUAGUUCAGCUCCGGUCAGCUGGUCUCAGUACAGAGGAAACAACAUCCUCACAACAGGUUGUUUUUCCUUUCUGUGGUCGAUUUCCUGAUAAUUUGGAUAUAAUUCAGUGACUGCUGAGCCUCUACUGUCUGUGAAAAAGCUUUAAGUGAUUUUACAGUUUGUGUUUUUGCAGGUUUCCUGGUGUUAAAUAAAGUAAACUCUGUUCCUUCAUGCUGUUACCUUCAGACAGAGUCAGCAGGUCAAAGUCUUGUUGGGGUCCACAUGGAUCAGGGAUCGACCAUCAGAUUGUUCUGUCUUACUGAUAAAUCCAGAACCAGGAAGUGUUUCUCAUCUACAAUAACUGAUACACAGUCAGGAGUUCACAUAUGGUGUUUUAUUUUGAAAUACCGGAUGACAUGCGCGGUUUUCGUGCUUGACUUCCUGUCUGGAACGAUCUUCUCUGUGUGGAUUGACACGCAUUGGAAGCGUAGAGCAGCAAAAAUCGACUCGGUGUGUAUCUUUAGUACGAUGCUGCGACAGAGCUGAUACACGUUCUGUACGCUUUGCUGCAUUGAUCAGAAUGGAAACCCAUUUGCUGUUUGAUACGCGACGCUGCUGUCACACUCCAAAUACACAUCCUGUAUGUUUUGGCCUUCAGUCUUACCCUGCAUAUCUCAGGGUUCUGGGGAGAUGGUUUACGUACUGCAGCCUGGGUUUGACUCUGCAGCCUGCCUGAACUAACACUAACUCUCAGUUUUACAACUUUGUGAAUGGGACUCCUGCAGUCGACACGUUUGAGGGUUUAGGUUUCUUUGCAGAGUACAGGACAGGAUGUUAGUCCAGUCUCAGACCUGGUUAUAGUUCAGGAUCUCCUCGGACUGCUUUCACAUCUGUGCUCAAUAAUAACUGUCAUUAUUCCUGCACUCUUUAGUGUUUUUACUGCAGUGUCAACAGGCAGAGGUUAACGUGCUCUAACAUGUAAACUCUACAUGGAGGUUGCAGAUAUUUCGGAGAGUGCGAGGUAGUUUCUUUUUUAAGAAGGGUUACACCAGUGUUAGUUAGAAGUAAAACCCUAAAGGUUCUCUGAAGACCUCCAACUCAGCUCAGUCUCUAACAGCUCAGGUUAUUUCCCUCCUUUUUGUGCCAUUUUCUCAGCCGCAGGAUCAUCAGCGUUCACAGAUGUUUCCGCUGUAAUUACAGGAGCGUUUGUCUCCAAUCAAUGCCCUUUUCCCCGGAGCUGAAGCUUUCUUCAGACGCUCUUUCUCCUGAUUUCAAAGAGUUGAAAAACGUCUCUGAUUUCCAGCGGAGGGUUCCUCCACGGCUCUGCAGCCUGACGUCAAACGUCCGUCCGCCGCGUGUCCACCCCGAGGCGAGUCGUGACUCGGCCUUAAAGCUGUGAAUCCUCCUGAAGAUCAAUUCUUAAUGCCACAGGUGACCAUCACAGAAAGGUCAACGUGGAGGAAACGGAUCCGCUUUGGUUGAUUCUCUCAUUUUUUUCCCCUUUUUAACAGUGAAGGAGUAGAUUGAUUUUUUUAAGGAUUGAUAAUGAGUGACAGUAAUCUGAUUGGAGGUCCGAUAUUGGAUUAUCUUUACCUUUAGUUGUUUUGGACAAUAAAUAAUGAGACUAAUUAUUGAUUUAACAAAAGGCCUUUCACUCCUGAUGAGGACCUUAAUUUUAUUUUAAGUGUCUGGGAGGUAAAUGAGCGGCGAGCUCUGAUGGAAACUCAAACAUCGUCAACGCAGGAAUGAGGAAAAAAUGGCGCCGUAUUCGUCCAGAGGCGGGAUGUAGAUUGAAAACACUAACAGGCCAAUAAUUGGAUAAACACACACUCACACACACACACAGAUGGUAACAUGCAUGUUCUCUCUAAUGACAUCUUGAUUACCUGUCGUUUCUAUCAGUGUGAAAUUUUGAGUGGAAACGAUGGCGGACGGCUAAAUGGCGGCCCCGGAGGCGAUCGGCGCCCUGUGGUAACGACCCUGUUAAAACAUCAAUUGAAUUUGAAUAACAUUACAGCCUCAUAAUGGGUUUCCCUUAAAGGUCAAAGGUCACGGUAGUCAAAGCGCUGGACAUGACUUCACCGUCUCUUCGUGUUUUUCUUUGUUCCAUAAACCUGCGGCAGACAGGAGCGCGCUGUUCGGCGUCUGCUUGUCAUUUGAAGCUGCGGCAGGUCCAAACUCCGGGUGAUAAAGGAGUUUAGGGCCACCCAGUCAGAGUAAAUGUUUAGUCCUGUCGCAGUAAAUCCUCCUCCUGUGUUCAGAGGAGCGCCGUCUAACUCCCAAAAUAAAAGAUGAGAGGAUACGAUUGAAGCUUGUUGAGGAAAAAAGGAGGAUUUUUGACAGGAGAGGCUCCCUCAGAGUUAGUGUUUCUCUUCAAGCAGCUGUCACAGGAAGUCUUCACCUAAUCUGGAUUUGCAGUCUGGAUUACACCAACUCAAACGGUUUACACUAACUUUCAGUGUUGCACCAGUUUGAGUGAAAGUUUAAUCUACAACUUCUAUCAUCAAAGUCCUCCAUAAAAACUGAAAGUUCUUGUACGAGAACGAGGAGCAGAUGGUUUUACCGGCUGUUUUGUGUAGGCAGCAUGUUCUCGAUGAUGGAUUACAUCUAUUAUAAAAGUUAUCCACAUGGAUCUGGACUCCUGCUUUCCUUUUCCUCGAACACGAUCUGCAGAGUCGUUUAAAGAAUAAGAAUAACUUUAUUUUGUCUCUAAAGGGAAAUUCAAUAAAUUCAUUCUAGUUGGCGAAUUCGCCCCUCAGUGUUAGUAUUAGUUUCCAUUUAGACGAGUUAUUCCCUGUCAUAAUGCUUUGUUAUUGAUUAUAUAGUUUUCUUCUGCUGUUACCUGAGCAACAGGAGUUAAUGAUGGUUGUUCAUUACCCGUUAGCUGAAGAGCUUCUCUCUGAUUGGUCACUGGAGGUGUAAACAACUUUUCACCCUCAUAGUGGAACCAAACAAAAGCUGUAACUAUUCUCAACGUAUGGUUUGGUGUGGACUUACUAACUUACAACACAACUUAUGCAAACAGUAGCUGCUGCAACACGCCACAGUUUCCAUCACCUGAGGAGUUAUACGGGGGGACUAUGAGAGACUAAAACCUGGACUGACUGUGGGACCUUUGGGAUGAGCAGAAAACAGUGCAUCAGAUUCUGACUGAUCCUGUCGGCGUGUUUGAGAUUCAGAGGCGUUAUUCUUCAUGCAAAUGGUGGGCGGCUAUCUCUCCAAACCAGGUUUAAGACUAAAAUCUUGUCGCUGUGUAACCGUUGACGUCACAGCCGCAGCUGCACGGUCAUUUGUACGUCUCCCAGGUGUUUAUUCCUGCUCGAUUAGAAAGCUUUCAAAGGCAAACAGGUGGUUUUCUCCAGCGCUACUCGAGCAUUUUCAGUCUUUCUGUGAAGGAGGUUAGCUGUCCCGACUUCGUUAUGCAAAGACGUCUCCUCUUUUUAGGGGCUGUUUUCAUCUCAGUCAGACCUUAAACGUGCUGCAGGAACACAGAUCCACCAUGAAACCUGGACAUCUGUAGGGUAACGUGUUCAGCAGCAGGUCAGGAGUCGUUUCCACGUAGCGGCCGCAGCAGGAAGCGUCCCCCGUCGUGUUAAUCCCACACACCGCCGCCAUGAGAAAAGCUGGGGUCAUAGGUCACGUUCACCUGCUGUGUCUCCAUCUGUCACACAGGCAGGUGUUCUCACACAUUUCUCAUCAAAUUAACUCACCAGGAAAAAUCAAUUAGACGCAUACAAAGUCGUUAUUGGGAUUUUCUCCUCACCUGACGACACAGAGCUCAGAUCAGGAGUGGACAGCCGCAGGGAACUACACCUGAGAGGUAAAAGGUCCUCCAGGUCUACAGAUUCUUUUCCAGCUUUAAUUAAAAUUUAGACAUGAAGCCUUAGAAGCAGGUGUCAGGGGUCAAGAGGUCAUUGAUGGAGGUUACGGUUCGUCACAGGAAGAGAACGCCGACAUUUGGUGGUUUCAGUUUGAUUAAAUAUAAAGGAGCAAAGUGUUGAAACUCAAAAGCUUGGGUUGGAAUCAGAAAUCACUGCAGUUGUUCCUCAAAAUUGUGCGAGGAGAAGGAGGUUCUGUAGAAAACAAGGAAGGUGAGAAAACACGAGACGCCGCUCUGAUAAAAAGUGACCUUGAAUCGGUGAACUAGUUUAUAACAAAAGUGUUAAAAGCAUCGAGAUUUUGUUCCCAGAAUAAGACGAGGACCAGCUCACACAAACAGCCUUUUUAACACCCACGAAAAUCUUGUUGCACUGUUUUACUCAGCUUAUUUUUAACAUGACCUGUCUGUACUAACUGCUGUUUUACUUUAACAUACCCAAGUGAACAAAUACUUUAGGCUUUUAUGGGCAAAAUAAGGGGAAAAAAAGUGACACAAAAAAAGAGAAAAAGUCGACAACACUGUGAAAAUGAUGUAACAACAAACAAGAAAUCAUGCAAAGUGCAGUGGUAUCCAUCUUUGUCAUGUGGGAGUUGGGCUAAGUUAAUUUACUUAUAUGAAAGUGUAUGAAAUGUUUGGAUGUGAGCAAAACACAAACUCUGGACUUAUAUUUUUUCCAAGAGUUUCUUCGUUUUUCUCUUUCAGAGCAGUUUAAAAAACUGAUAUUAUUUAUACUGAAUUUAUUCUUAACAUAAAGUAUAAAACCAUGCUUUUAGUCUUUUAUGUUUUCUUCUGUAUAUCGCCUGUAAACGAUCCUGGCGAACUUUCCAAAGACCCCCAGAAGCUCCAUUAGUCUGCAGUUCCAGUGAUAAAUGUUAAAUUGAUCAGUGAAAGGUGGUGUUUGUGUUUUCUGUGAUCAUAUUUGCAUCAAUCGUCGCAGACUGAAGGCUCUAUUUUCGUGCCUCGCUGGUGGCAUGGUGCAGGCGCGGUGUAAGUCAGGUCCGCCGCACCGAUAAGGCGCGCCCAAGCACAUUUUGGUAUUUUGGUGAGCGGCGCAGCUGGACGUAAGUAUCCCCCUCCCUAUCUCAGCUCCUCCCGGCGGCGUAAGUCGUAGAGAGGGAGGGGAUAAGGCGUGGAGUGGAUUUAAUACAGCCGAGAACCUGUUUUCACUAAUCACAUCAGCUCCUCUCCUCACUUUUAAAUCUGCCACCGGCGAGGCGUAUUACAAUUUUCGCACUGUGGAAACUGCCGGCGAGGCAUCGGUGACGUAUGCGCACUACACCGCCGAUCUGCUAAAAUACCACUAGACCAGCUGUGGUCCGCCUGUGCUGAAAGCUGUCCAGGUUUGAAUCUGCGAGCUUUCAGCGCACUUUCUAUGCCGCCAGAGAGCACAAAAAUGUCACUGCGCCAGCUGAUUCUGUCAACACCUCCCUCUACCGCGCCACUGUGCCCAACUAGGUGGACCUCAGUGCGCCUCAGUCUACAAAAAUACCAAACUGGCUGUGUGCCACCCUCCGCCGCGCCGCCGGCGGGCACUAAAAUAGAGCCCUGAGUUUUACAACCGUCAGAGUCUAAGACAUUAAUCAAUCUGCUGUAUCCCAAACCAUACAUUUAAGUGUUUACUUCAUGCAACAUCUUUAAUUCUUUAAUUUAAUUAAUUUAAGUGAACGUCUUUAAGUGUGUGAACAGCAGAGUAACAGUUUAAAAUCAGAGAUCACAAACAUGUCUGUAGACACAGAAGUGGACAGAGGCAAAGAAACAUCUGCAGCAGUGAUCCAGAGGAACCUACAGCAUGAUGGAGCUCAUGGUGGUUCAGAGUUAAUGACACAGACAGGAAGAGGAUGGAGAAGGAGGGAGAUGAGCUCAAUAAGUGUCUUUCUUUCCAUGCACAGACAGAGGCCAUCCACCCAGACUGCGCCGUGGUGGUUCAGCACAUGCAGGCCCAGGAGGAGUGCGACCAGAUCCUGAGGGAGGAGGAGAAGAACCGCUCCACCAGAACAGGUCAGUGCGGGACAAUAACACAGAGUCCUGACGAUUAAAAGUGUUUGUGCAAAGAAACAUCUCUCGGUUUGAUCUGUUGUGUUGUUUAACAGAGCUGCACAAAUAACAAAAUGCUCUGACAGUAAAUUUUAUCAUUCGUUAACGUCGCUGAAGGGUCACUGUCACCUCCCCUCCCCCCGCUCGUCCUUCUCACCUCAGAGGGUGUGAAAGGACUGAGAGCUGCUGCUGCUGCUGAGGCUCUGACAGUAGAUGUUAGGAGCUGCUGAACAAAGAGUCGGUGAGCCCUUACACUUCUUUUGUCCGGGGAAUCGAUCAGCGCUCAGAGGUUCCUCAUUAAAGAAUAACAAUCUCACAUCAGAAUAACAGCCGCUGACAGACAAACCCCCCUGAGAGUCACAGCGGGAUGAGUUUACUCUUUCAAUUUAGACGCAGAAAAAUGGAAAAAUGUGUGUCCAGAAUCUGCACACUCACUCCUCAGUUAGGAAAUUCAUCAAAUAUUACAACAUCAAUUGUUAACUUGUCACAUUCAAGCUGCGUUUCCAGUAGUCAGAGUUGGGAAUGACAUCACACCCGUGUUGAUGGCGUUUCGACAAACAAGUCUGAAAACCAAGAUGGGUGUCUGCUGUUAUGAUGUUUGGCCAUUGUUAGCUGUUUUUAAGCUGUUCACUAUUUUGGAGCCGUUUUUUUAGCUGUUGUUAGCUGUUGUUUGAUGUUGUUAGCUGCUUUUAGCAGUUUUUUCUGCUGUUGUAUGCAGUUGUUAGCUGUCGUCAGCAAUUGUUGGCUGUUGUUAGCUAUACUUAGAUAUCCCUUUAUUCAUCCCUCAGUGGAGAAAUUGAAAAAUCCAGUUGAAAACAGCAUAAAAUACUGUAUUUCACCCAUACAAACACCAUAGCACCAUGUUCACAGUCAGACGUUGGGCAGUACUUCAUAUACCAAUUAUUUAAUUUCACAAAAACAAAACAGAAGUGCUAAUAAAUAAAACAUUACGAGAGCUUUCACUGUUCCUCUCCACUGUUGAUGCACUGUGGUGCCAUCUUGGAUUAUGAUGUUGUCAGAUUGGGGUUAGUGAGGAUCGUCUGACUUUCCAAAUCAAAAAAAAUACAGAUGCAGUGGUCGAUUCCUGUCCUCUGGUGGCUGCAGGUGUUGGUAGUUCUCACAUCGUUGUUUUUUCCAUCCUUUCAAAAGACUAAGUCAGCGCUGUCCACUUUGACACCUUAACCUGGACAACAUCACGCGUUUACCCAUUAAUGGCUGUAUUUUUACAAAGAAAACAGAAACCCAUCCUCGCAAAUGCAGAAACACCAUAUUUCUCUGGUCUUUUUCUUUAGCGUUCAUAGAAUAAAAGUGUUUGCGGUGAAGGCGCCCGGUCUGAGCAGCGAGCUGUCCAGCAUGUUCUUUACAUGAGACAAAAGGAUCAGUACAUUGAAGGCGGUGAGCUCUGACUGUGCGUUUCCAUGGCUGCACAGAUGAAAUCACAUGUUUAUUAACCACACAUGUGCAUGAACAUUUUUACUUCAUACCGGCUUUUAAUGGAUUGUGUAUUUGUGCUGUUUUGUUCGAACAAACUACACCAGAGUUUACUUGAAGGCGAACUGAGAGAGUCGUGUUUCCAGCUGGAUCAAAGUUACCAAAUUCAAUUGAAAACCUUUUAGUUUCUGCCUCCUAAUUGGACCAGAACUGUAACAUAACCCCAUAACAUUAAGGUUUUGUAUUUCUGCAUCCUGUAACUGAGUCCUGACAUCCUCAUGUCUUUGUCUUUAGGGUUCACUAUGAAGUAGAAAGUAGAGGACUAAGCGUUUCUGGUCCUAAAAUCAAUGAAUCAGUCAACCUUUAGUUAGAGCGUCAGGGGUGACCUUCACAUUUACAGUGACAUCUAGUAAAUUAGAAAAGCUCCUUCAAACCUGGCUCACGUCAAAGCCCUCAUGAGUCUUGUUUCUGAUGAGUACAGCUGUUUAAUCAACCGUCCUUCACUUGGCGGAGCAGCGAAAACAAUCAAGUGACCCAAUCAGGUGAGGAGAUGUCUGGAUUAGACCGGCUGAUUGGUCAGCCUGUCCUGGCCCAGUAGCUCAGGUGACCCAGCAGAGUCUGAGCAGAUUCAUCAAUUAUCUUCCCUUCGGUGCCUGCGGAGGACAAACGCAGUCACUGGAACGGCUCGUCCUUCAGGAGGACCGAGCUUCAUUUUCUAUCUUAGAUGCUGAACGAAGGCUUGUCGAUUUCACAUCUAGUAUGAGUUCUCUGAGCUGCAGACGGGGUCAUUCCAGGUCUGCAGACUCUGGGCGCUCCUCAGAUUGUCUGUGCAUGACAUGGCUGCUGUCUCUCAGAAUUAAUUGCUCCAUUUAUCCGUCUUAUUUGCGAUCGUCCAAAGUAAAGACCAGACAAUUAGCAUUUUAAACGGCCGGUAUGAGUCACCUCGAUCCCAGACGGAUGCAGAACGAAGGAAACGUCUGUUUUACGAAAAAUGAAAUAAAAAUGGUGGAUUCCCAACUCUGAGAAUUCGAUCAUUAGUUAUCACAGCAGAGCGCAGUGAAACCAGAUUAAGCGAAUAAGUUUUAAUGAAGUUUGCAGCAUGAUUGUCCUCCUGAGCUCCCAGGCAAGUGGAAAGACAUAAAGAGAUGAAAACUGGAGUGAAAGAGGAGGGAUGGGGAACCGUUCUCCUCCUCAAAUUAGAGUGAUCUGAUUACAGCUCCAGGGAGGGUUUUUAGACAGACUUCGACUCGUAUUGUUGUCUCUUUAUGAAAAACAAAGGCGAGAAAUGUAGAAGAAAAAAUAAAGGUUUUUCUUUAUAGUUGCUGUAUGAGGAGGAGGCGAUUACAGCACAUACAAAUCAGGUUUUCUGGGAACUUCUGUGUCACCAUGGUUAGAGAUGGGUGAUAUGGCCUCAAAUCAAUAUCACAAUAUAUUGAGCAGUUCACCUUGGGUCAGAGGGGCGGUCCUGCCUCAAGAGGCGGAGUUCAAGUAUCUCGGGAUCUUGUUCACGAGUGAGGGUAGGAUGGAGCGGGAGAUCGACAGGCGGAUUGGAGCGGCGUCAGCAGUGAUGCGGACGCUUAACCGAUCUGUCGUGGUGAAGAAAGAGCUGAACCGUAAGGCGAGACUCUUGAUUUAUCGGUCGAUCUACAUGCUGAUCCUCACCUAUGGUCAUGAACUUUGGGUAAUGACCGAAAGAACAAGAUGGCGGAUACAAGCGGCCGAAAUGGGUUUCCUUCGCAGGGUGUCCGGGCUCAGCCUUAGAGAUAGGGUAAGGAGCUCGGACACUCGGGAGGCGCUCAGAGUAGAACCGCUGCUCCUUCAUGUCGAGAGGAGUCAGCUGAGGUGUCUUCUGGACGCCUACCAUUCGAGGUGUUCCAGACAUGUCCUACUGGGAGGAGACCUGGCCGGCCCAGGACCAGUUGGAGGGAUUAUAUCUCUCACCUGGCCUGGGAGCGCCUGGGAAUUCCUCUGGAGGAGCUGAUGGAAGUGGCUGAGGUGAGGGUUGUCUGGGCUUCCCUCCUGAUGCUGCUGCCCCCACGACCCGGACCCGGAUAAGCAGAAGAAAACGAAGAAGACAAGUUCACCUCGAUAACAAUAAAUGGACGAUAACUACUCCACAAGCUGCUCACCCCCUCCCACAUGAACUUCGUCUACUUCAGCCGCUCCAACUUUCUCUCCGUCCUCCAUCUCCUCACCUGUCUUUCCCUCUUUGUUACAGACUGGAUGGGGUGGAGUCACGUCUCUGACGUAGGACAACGUCUUAAAGGGACAUGAGACCAUAGCCUACCUACACACAUCCAAAACCAACUUUCAUUAGUUUUUUUGACACCGAAAAAUGGGCAAAAUGACGUUGGUUAUUGUCGUAAAUUUCGGUAUUGUUAAAUUUUCGUUUCAUCGCCCAGCCCUACCAUGACUACCAUCACUCUUUUUGUCCCACCUGACCUGAAGCUGCUUUAGUCUUUAGUCUUUGUAAGUAUAUUUUAUAUUUGCAUUACCUCUGAAUUUCUCCAUUUCAUCUCUUCUUUUAAAGCCCACUUUGUUUCUGCUCUCCUUCUGCAUAAAAACACAUUUUUAUAUUUCCAGUAUCCGAGGUCGAGAGGUGCACUUGGGAACAUAAUUCACCUGCCAAUCCUUUCAGUUGUAUUCAGGAUGAUUCAUUAGGAGUGAAAGAACCCAUCAGAUACGACUAAACGAGGGGCGAACAGAUGGGUGGAUGAAGAGAGGAGUGAAAGGGCGACACGGCUCAUGAAAAAGUGAUUGGAAAAUGAUGAGGCUCCUUAAUGGCGGCGUUACAAAAGGCGAUGAAGAGGUGGAGGCUGCUAAUGGAUCGCUACAAAACACCUGCAGUUUGUAAUGCGGUUUUAUUUAACAGAAAAGAUUGAAGUGUACCAAAGCAUGGCCGCCUCUCCUCCUCGGUUUAAUCCACAAGUGUCCACUCCGAGGAAGAGAGGGGGGCAGAUGUCUGCUCGUCUUCAGGUUAAUUAGCUUCACACCUGCAGCCUCAGAGGAAACACCAUCAGAGGAGAAACAGGGCCGCUCCGUGUCAGGGAGGAAAGGAGGAAGCAGUAAACAGGAGUAAACAGAGAGGGGUUAACAGUUUCAGCCGACUCUUUCUGAUAGAAACUCCUAAUUAGACUCUCAUGAAUCCGUGUGUGUGUGUGUGUGUGUGUGUGUGUGUGAGUGCUCCUCCUGACAUUUCCACACAUCAUUUCACGCCGUGACCCUCUUCGUCUCUGAGUGCUCACUCCUGACUGUCUUUUUCCUAAUUAAUUACGUCGACCAAAUACCAGAGGUGGAGAAGAAGAGUCCGUGUGACUGUGUGGACGAUUCUGCUCUGGUCCGUUUUUACUUGAUUAUUUCUCUGUUGUAAAGAAACGACUGAAACUAAAUAUCGUGAAUACGAUACCAUCAAUUAAUCAAUCAAGUUUUAUUUACACAGCUGGUCGAGACCAUAAAGACCCGAUAUAAAGAUGGAGUCAGACUGAGCCCCAUCCACUCUCAUCUCAUCUUCAACCACAUGAGUGAAGCUCUUUAACAGGCAGAAAUGAAAAAGGUUGUAUCCUCCGAUCGUAGCUGAUCGUAACCAUUCAAGUUAACGUGUCAAUUUCCACCGACUUCUUUCCGUUCCUCUGUGGAUCGCCAGACUCCUCAGCUGAUCGCAAGAGUUCCAUUUUUUUUGGACGCCGGAGCAUGGCGGAUAAAUUCAGCACAGAUUAACAGACACGAAAUAAAACAUCCGGCUUCUUUUCAAAAUAAAACACUGUGUUUCAGGUGGAUCUUACAGGCGGAGACAAACAAGUGAAAGGUUUCUAGACGUCAUUUCACCCCGAUGACACCAUGGAUGAGGAGAUGCUGAUUCUAGAAGUCUAGAAGUAGAUUUCCUCCUCUGGAAGGACACAAUCUACUGCUUAUACGAUUAGCCUGUGUGUCUAGAGACAACUUGUUAUCGUGCGAUUAUCGCUGCUGUUCUGGAUCAGAGCUGUUCAUGUUGGGGUGGAAAUCCUGGGUAAAUAUGAAACUAAAUAUCAUAAAUAAUGGUUUAAGGAUUUAACAUUAGGGGUGAGUAUCAUCAGGUUUUAAUAUUUUAGAAGUAGCCUUCUGGUUUGAAGUAACCUGACAACCAACCGUCUCAGUCUACAUCUGAAAUCCAGGUUCACCUGACAGGCCGACAGCAGGAAGACAGACUGACAACUGAUUUCUGUGUGAGGGGUGAAGAAUGACUGCUGCCUUUUCAUGAUUACAGAAGAAAGUCUCUGUGAUCCAGUUCUUCACAGAGACCUGUCCGGGCAAAAGCGUGUGCACAAUGCAAAUCCACACUCAAGUCUUACCUAGAGCCUGAACGUUAUUCAAGUUUUGUACGUCACGUCUACAUUUCCAAAAAGACUGAUAUUACUUAUCAUCAUAGGAACAUGAUGCUGCAAAUUUAGAAACACAGGCAACAGUUCAAAACAAAUACAUUAAAUGUAAAAGAGGUGGUGCAAGAGCAUAGUGCAGAGUAGGCCCAGUCUAUCCUGUGUGAUCAGUUAAUCCCCGGUUUUAUCAGAAUCAGACUGUAAAUUAAGAUUUCAUCCAGUCCCGGUUGGAUUUUGACCUCACUGGACUUCAACUUUAGGUGCAAAUGUGCAUCGUCUGUUACCAAUCUGUCGUAUUCAGGUAGAAAAGCAAAGGCCUCAGGACAGACCCCUGUGGAACACCGAAGGAAGGAUCUACAUUAAACAUCAACACUUUUAUUUUGAACUGAUGCGUAAAACAACCCUGAUUAAGGACUUCUUUAUUAUAACUGUUUUAGUCUGCUCAUAUUUAUUCACUUAGUUUUUCAUGUUUUCUUCAGUUUGGUAGAUGUCUUUUUCGUGUCUGUUUCUGAACUCUUUUCCUCCUUUUCUUUCUUAUGUGGGAUCAGGUUGUUGAUUUUCCUGUCAAGAAUUAAUCACUGUUUUUGGGUUCUGAUUGAUCUGAAUUGGGUGUUAAUGUUCGGUCUCUCUCAGGGAUGCCAGGAUUGUGUUUUUCUCUUCUUUUGUGAUGAGUUUUAGAGGAAUUAACAUGAAAUUAACAUUUACAAUCAAAUCUGGUCUUUUAAGGUAAAAACAGUUAAAAAAAAGUUGAUAUUUUCCUUUGCACUCUGGAAAUACAGUCGAUUUUGUUUGGAGUUUUCUUGCUUCUUAGUUAUAAGUCGGCAGAUAGAGACUAAAGUUUGGGUUUAUGGAUCUGGAGGGAGGUGAGAUAAAGAAACAGAAGGAGUAGAUCCGUCUCUUUAGACUAAACAGAACAUAAAACAAACUUUAUAUUUCUAUAAUCCGUCUGUUUAACUACGAGAACAACAUCCUGGAUUCAGAGUCCGUCUUUGUUUCAUAUCUCCCCUCUGUCACAUCUCACCGUCCACCUCUGCUGCUUUUCUAUCACAUUAGAUUGUUUAUGAAAGGACAGAUAUUGAAGCAGACAUCUCUGUGGAGCGUUUUUCUAACCAUAAUAUUUGAAACAAUAUCACAGCAGCAGGAAAAGUACACCAUCUGUUAUUGAGCCCAUUAGACGUGAACGUCGAGCAGGAGAUGCAGUAAAACACUGAAGCAUGGAGAAGAAAUACAGGACAGCAUCAUGUCGGCCCGUCGCCGAUGACAAACCGGUCUCAUAACGCGGUCCUGAUGUUCAUAACGGGUCACGUAAAUGUCAAAGAGGGAUCUUUUAUAAGUCAGCGCUGUCAGGAAGAGACAGGACAAAGUUUCAGGAGCGAGGUUUGACUUUGUUUACCUGCCGUGGAAAGUUAAUCUAAUCAUUUGAUGGCACCUGUGCUUCAGGCAUCACAGACGAUGAUUUGUCGCUGUUAUUUAGUCGGCUCCUUCAAACCCAUCCAAGUGUGGAGAGGGAUGAUGUUGUUGUUGUUUUCUGCAGCUCUGACCUGCAGGUGUCCGCCCAGGGUACUACACCACAAAUGACCACAGAGAGCGAACACAUGUGGUCAUGUUAGACAUGAUUCCUUUUGACAUUAUUUCAUUUUUAUUAUAGCAGUUUAACUUGGAAAUGUCAUAUCUGCUUAGAGUUUGCUCUAUAACCACGAUAAAGGUUUGCUUGUUUACAUGUCAGACAGUCAAGUUUGAGGCUGUGGUUUUCUUCAUGUGGAUUAUUGCUGAUGUUUAGGCGUCUUAAGGUUCAGAUCACAAGGGAAAUUAAAGUGACGGACUUGUUGAUGCAGUUUCAACGAUGAAGAGGAGGCUGAACCUGAGAGGAGUCAGGUGAGGUCGUGUUAGGCCGAAGAGGCUGCGGUUCUGGUUCAGCAUCUCCAGGAACCUUGUCUAACUGCAACAAGCAUGGGAAGAUCAUAGGGAUGGUUUGCAUUGAUACUGGACAAGUGGGAGAAAAAUUUUAACACGAGAAAAUUCGCACAGGAUGUUUUUAACUGGAAGUGCAGCCGGUGAAGAAAACAAUUCAGCCGAACCUGAAACUUUGUCGUCCUGCAUCUGAUCAAAUAUUUAAGUCUUGUCAUGUGGAGGUAGAGACCGACGCUUCGGGACAGAGCGACUCCAGUUUUCUUUAUUUACCGCCUCGCAGACGUACGGGGACGUUCAUGCGUGUUUGAGCGCACGUUACAUAACCGCUGUCACACAGACGGCUGAUCACGACAGGAAAACUGAGACCCUGAAGACGAGGUUCACCAGAGCAUGAAGAAAAACACGGCUGUGUGCUCGGGAUACUUCCUGUUAACUGGACUAAAGGAGCUCGACCAUUACCGCCCAGUCUCUUCUUCAUCUUCCUCUUCUUCAUCAUCAAACUGUCAGGGUGUCACCAGCUUCACUUUAAUUAGCACCUAAUGAAGGACCUGAGCAGUGACACCUGCCGGGAUCCUUUCACAGGCUGCUUUUUAUACCUCUACAGUCUGUCUCUCUGUCUGUCUGUAUACACACACACACACACACACACACACACACACACACACACAGAGUGGGUUUUCAUCUCCUGUCGGGUCAUUAGAGAUGCAUAUGGCAGCCUAAUAACAGCUUUUCCACUCAGUGCGGCAGAUGAGCGUGUCACCGCCGUCCCGUCCUCAGUGUGCGGGCGAAAAUGUUCCAGAAAGGAGAGUUCAAAGUCACAUUUACGCGGCGAGAUGUUUUCCUCCUCGCAGCUUUUGGCAGGAGAACCCGGAGCAGCAGCCAGGAGCUGUGUUUUAUUAUGAAUGAGAGCUGCUGCUGCUUCUUUUAAUUGACUCGGGGCCGAGCAGCUUUGAUGUACGAGGCGUGGUGGCGGUGGUGGCAGCUCCUCAUUACUGCUCCCUUCGUCUCCUCUCUCCUUCACACCUCCUCUUAAGUGGAGUGUUGGAGGCUGAAGGAGAGCAGACUCAGAGCGUGGGCGCUGAGGGACGUCACCCAAUCAAUCCCCCCUCAUUUCCCCUCUCCCAAACCAGGGAAACCCCGUUUAAUGAUGUCAGAUGACUCAGAUCUUGUUCAGAUUGAAGGGUUCCUGAAUGGGUUUGUGAAUCACGGCUCGGCGUUCACAUUUCUGGAGGUGUUCAAGGUUGAACGAGACGCUUGUUGAAUUUUAAUUGGCUGCGUAAAGAGAGGAAACGAAAGGUCGACCUCUCUGUCUGGAGUCAGGAUUUGAUUAAAAGUAAGAAAGUAGUCUGAAUAAAUUCUCCUCUUAUUAAGUCCUUUUCUUCUGUAGAGCAAAAACUCAAAUCUCUCCGAGUGUGUAGACCUGAUUCUGGUCAAGAUACCUCAUGGAGUGAGAGAUGAACGUCGAAUAAUAAAUGAGAAGAAAUUGUUUUUCUUAUUUCUCUUUUACUCUUGAUGAAUUAAUUUGAAAUGAGACUAAAUAUUUACUUGUAUCAAAAACUCAAAUCUCACAGAGUGUGAUGUACUGAUUCUGGUCAAGACGCCCCAUGGAGCGAGAGAAUAACGACAAAUAAUAAAUGAGAAAAUAUUGGUUUUCUCAUUCUCAUUUCUCAUUUACUCUUAAUGAUAUCGAUCAAAAUGAGACUAAAGAUUUGCUCAUAUCAAAAACUCACAAUUCCUACAUAACCUGAUUGCAAGUCAAUGAUAUGAUUGUGAUUAUAGUACUUUAAAAAAACUUGACAGGAUGAUAAAAUUCACCAUACCUGCUCAAGCCUCAUCUCUCCUAACUUUAACUUAUCUCCUUUAAUCGACUCCCCAACCUCUUAAAUUAAGAAAUGAAUGUCAUGAUGUGUUCUGUUAAUUUAGUUUUUUUUUUACUGGUUUUGUUAUUUAGGUGCAUUUUCCAUGUGUGAGUUUGUCUACCUUGAUAGCAUUUCCCCAGUGAGUCUCUUUUUUGUUGGAUUUUUCUCUCUGACAUUUUCAGAGUUAGUUUUUGCUAAAGUUUUCUUUGUUUGAGUUUUCUUCAAUAAAUCCUUAAAUCUUAGAAUGAACAAACCAGGACAGAAGAGGAAGACAGGGACUAAAUAUUCACACUGGGAAACGAGCAACAGGUGUGGCAGACGAGACACAGGUGAGACUCAUGGGUGAUUAAAAAAGGAGGGAAAACUAGGGAAGUAAAACCAGAGGAAUCAACUCCUACAAAAUAAAACAGGAAAUAAACACUGAAAACUGAUCUAAAGAAUAAAACACAGAGAACAGGAGGGAAACAAAGAAAAUACACUCUAGAUUAAAGAUUAUUCUGUGCCUACCUGCAGAAAUUUGACUUCUCCUCAGAUUUAUUAUGACAGUUUAUGUGUGGAGGUUGUCAUUAUGUGCUCAGCCCGUCUGUUUCAUCGAACACUCAAUAUUUCAGGAAUACCUGGAGGCAAUAUCUCCAGAUUUAUGGUCUCAAAUCUUAACCAGUCUGUGACACAUUUAUGUUCUAAGUUAAUUGAUUUGUUUUUCUAUUCAUCAGUUUGAUUCUUGUAAACACAACAUCCCAGGAACAGCUGGAGGAAAAUGUAGAUAAAUUUAACACACCUGCAGUCGAGGAUGAGGCUCAGCAUGUGUACAGUGUGUUUGAAUAAAAAGACGAGCCGCUGAAACAAAGAACAGCCUGUGAACUUAUUUAAUUCUGAUGUUAAAAAUGAUUGUUAUCGUAUAGAUUUAAUAGGGUUUUCUUGACUUCUGGAGCCAGCCUCUAGUGGACGCUUGAGGAACUGCAUUUUGUUUGUUUUUCAGCAUUAGAAGUUGCGGCUUCAGGUGAACUGAUAAAAAGAAGUUGUGGUCGAAGGUUUCUGCAGCCUUUCACAAACUACAAGCAGACUUUUAUUAAAAAACUCAUUACAGCUAAAAAAAAAAAAGCUUUGCAGAAACAAUCAUAAAAGAGGUCAAAGUUCAUCCUAAUCACAACAAACCUUUGAAACAGUAUCUGCUCAGUAAUGUCUUAAUGUUUCUUUAAAAACUUUUAAUUUGUAAUCUGACGAAGAGAGAGAGAGAGAGAGAGAGAGAGAGAGAGAGAGAGCUCUGAAAGAAAAUGAGGUUUGAGGUUAGAGAAGCAGACAUCGUUGUCUUAAUGAGAAGGAGAUUAACUGCAGUUAAAUUUCAUAAUAAUGCCUCUUUUUUUAAAUAAAAUUAUACACUAACGCUUCCUCUUAUCAUCCUGUGAUGCAGACUUUGAUUGAGAUCUGUAUGUAGUCAUUAGUCGGAUUACUUUGGCACGUUUUCUGCAGCUGUGAGACGUUUCAUCAUAUUCAUCAUGUUCCCUAUCUUUACUGUGAGCUCAUCGAUUUCCCUCAUAGCUAACAGUUAAAGUGAUAAUAUAUAAUAAACGUUGUCUUCCUCUCUCAGGUUGUCCAACAUUGUGGGACGAGAUCCGUUGUUGGUCUCAUGCUGAGGUGGGUCAAGUGGUCCGGGUCUCGUGUGCCAACGUCUCUCAGCUGUUUGCCAAUAACCAAGGUGAGUCGCCAUCAAUCAGUCACCUCCAACAGACUGCUUAAUUAAUGUCAUUCAUGAGGUCUGGUGAUCAAAAAUGUGUUUCCUCCUACUUUCAUCUCCUAAUUUUGUCAGGGCCUGUGUCCACGAGAAGCAUUUUUUCUUGUUGCUAGGUAACAAAAGUUAAUUUAUUAAUUGUAAAAUGUGUUUAACUGGGAAAUCAAACUUUAAAAAACUAAGUUUGGAUAGUUUCUCCUGCACCAUUGUUGACAAAAGUCACAUGCACACUGUCAUGUCCUUAUUUUAUUAGGGCCUGUGUCCACUGUAAGCAUUUUUUUCAGUUUCAGAGUGCUUUUAACCAUUUUUUUGUUGCUAGGUAACAAAAGUUGGCUCAUGAAUUGUGAAAUCGUGUUUAACAGGGAAAUUAAACUUUAAAAAAUGGAAGUUUGGAUAGUUUUUCCUUAACCACUGGUCUCCUUAAUGGCGUAACAAUGGUGCCCCAGUGUCUGAUUCUGGCGUUUUGAAAGUUGCAUUGAUUCUGGGCGUUCCUUGUGCAGUUUGUAGACACAGACCUGUAAUGAUAAACAUCUUUAUGGUAGUUUUUACUGCUGAAGAAGCAGAGAUGUUUAUUUCACCCCUGUGUGUGUCAGAAAUGGGAGUGAAAAACGGUGGAUCCUCCUGCCAACAGACUCCUGCUGAUCCCUCCCCUGAUCCUCCUGCUCAUGCCCUCUGCCGUUUUUCCUCCAUUGAUGUUUUCUGUCAGCGUUCAGUCUGGAGGCCAUGUUGACUUGAAGAACAGAGUUUGUGUCUCUCAGUUUAUUUAUCAGAAGCCAAAAAGUGAAACUAAACUGGCAGAUAUGAUGUUGGAGAGCGUAAUGAACUCCUACAGUUCAUUUUGCAGCUCCGCACAGUGACCUCCUCUCUAAGGAGCAGCAUUCUGCCUUCACUGAGGGCUUUAAAAGGCCUAAAUCUUUUUCCACAUGGAUCACAUGGACUCUGCUCGCUGGACUGUUUUCAUGACCUCCACCUCCUCCAGAGCCCGUCUCCUCCAGCUGGAAACGAGAAUUUCUCAUGUAUCAUCAGAACGCCGACAGAUACAGAUGUGACUGUGAUAACAGGAGAUGUGGUUUUUGGGAGCAGAGGAGCUGGUGUGCUGCCAAAAACAGCCCCAGAGUACAUUUAUACGAGUGGAGGAGAGUCGGAGGAGUUAAAGUAAAAACAAUGUGAACAGUUGUAGAAAAUAUCAUGGAUUUGAUUUUCACCAUAAGUGUUAAAUUUCUUAUUUCUAACACAACAGGAGCAGAAGAAUAAACCAUGUUUGAGUUACACAAACAAACAUGCAUGCAGCCGUGAGUGCUGUCAUACUGUUUAUUGUUAGCACAGAUGUUGAACAGCCUGGCUCCAAUUUAAGCUGCUCAUUCCCUUCUUCUGUCAGUCUAAUCAACCUGUCCAGCAGGUGAGCUCUUGGUAAAUCGAAGCUUUCCCUUCUACUCUGAUAUCUCACAAUCUCACUCCCAUAAGGCAACAGCUGAAGUUCCUUGAAACAUUCUCUAGGAUACAGACUCAACAUGGUGAAAAAAGCCAUCAGACUUCUUAAUUCUUCUAGAAAUAGUAGAUUAGAUUUCAGACAAAUGAAAUUUCCUUUGGGGAAACAUAAACUUCUUGUAUUGGGGUGACCAUAAGUCCUCUUUUACUUGGACAUGUCCUCUUUUUUGGGGGGUUAUCCGGCCUUGUCUGGGGGAGUUUAUAAAAUCCUUCAAAUGUGAUUUCAAAGAAAGUUUUGAGUUUGUGCCGUGUGGACUUACUGAGUUAGAAGUGCGUAAGAAAGACUCAAUCCGACCAGAAAAACUCAAAAUUAACUACAUGCGGCUCAAGAGGUCUUGUCCUCUUUUUGAGGAUUCAGAAUACGGUCACUCUAGUCUAGAAAAAGUAAAUACCUGUCCAAUUCAAGCCUCUGGUUGACCUCAUGCCUCUUGAAGACCUUACUGAUCUUCCAGGAGUGCUGAGAUGUUCACGGCAGGUAACCUUGUGCUUGUUCUUCUUUAAUUUCCCCCGAAAUACUUCCACCGUUCACUGCAAUAACCGAACAACUGUUGGUCUUUCAUGUGCAAUAGAGGCUGUUAUAGGAAAAUCAGCCUCUGCAGUAAACCCAGUAAAUCUCAAAUUUACCUCGAAUACGAAGUUUGUGUGAUUGAGAUGUCAUCUCAGUGAGACAGGGUUUGAUAUUGAAGCCGUUUCUCAUGCAGGUCUAGAUUAAGUCCCGGUUUGAAGACCGGACUGCUAAAUCAGUUUCUACAGGGGAGUUGGAUCCGCUCGGAGCUCGUUCAGUCCGUGGGAUGAUCUGUGUAGAGAUGAGGCGCUUGACUGAUUUCCAGCAGAGAGGAUGAGAGCGAGAAAACACGGAGCAGAAAGUUAAGCACAUACUCGGAGUCGCCGGAUCGAGAGGGGGGCGGAGGUUUCUGUGAUGACCUCAUAACUUGGUGUUAGAGGGGCCCUGGACCCCGGUGGAUUUCCUCCUCCACUGAAGCCCUGACGAGUCAAGCGCUGAAGCCGGGCGGUUAGAUUGAGCCUCUCCAACGGGAGGCUGCAUGCAGAGAAAAUAAUGAAUUGGAAAAUCAAAGAGUUCACUGUAAGAGCCGAGAGCAUGAGGAAAGAAUUGGCGCUGCUUGUUAAGCACGGCGGUGAGAGAACCAGCGUUCCCCCCAGAGCCUCGACCUUCCACCUCCUUUCACAUCCAACCAUUCACCCACCGACGCCGCGGGCCUGCAGGCUCUGCACGCCACCUUAUUCUGAGGCUAAUGCAGCUGGAUAUCGCUCCAACCACCCACGACUCAAACCCCCACGCUCGGCUCCGCUCGGCUCUGCUGAGGAGCCGGACAGGAACAUCAACAGCAUGAAAUCACUGAAAACUUUUUAUCCUCCCUCUUGUAAACACCGAUUCACACCAAACACUCAUGACCUUGCGCGCAUCAUGGCAGCGGCGCUGCAGAGCUCCGUCAUUCUAUCUGCAGGCCAUGGUGGGAGAAAAAAAUGGCUGCAAACUCAUUUAAAUUCACGGCCUUCGCUUGACCGGGCUGUGGCGGCGUUUCCCGGAGCCGUUAGGAGAGUGAACAAACUAUGACAAGAACAUCUUCUACUUUAAAUGUCAGAGUUUCUUUUGUUUACGAUGAUGUAACCACGACCAGAAGAGCUCAUGACUGAGCGUGAUCAGAAGAGAGCGAAGACAAUACGACCAGAUAAUGUACAGACCUCAGGGCACAGGGAUCUGGACUGAGAAAUGUCUGCUCUUUAACCUUUUCCAUGUUUGGUCAUAGGUCAAAGGGAGAGAAGACGGUUUUGAUUAGGGCUGGGCGAUAAACGGAAAAUUUAUGACAAUCAUUUACGUCAUUUUUCCCUUAUCGGUAUAUUCGGUGUCAAAAAAAUCAAUAAAUCAAAGUUGGUUUUGGAUGUGUGUAGGUAGGCUAUGGUCUCAUGUCCCUUUAAGACGCUGUCCUACAUCAGAGACGUGACUCCACCCCAUCCAGUCAGUAACAAAGAGGGAAAGACAGGUGAGGAGAUUGAGGACGGUUCAAAAGUUGGAGCGGCUGAAGUAGACGAAGUUAAUGUGGGAGGGGGUGAGCAGCUUGUAGAGUAGUUAUCGUCUAUUUAUCGUUAUCGAGGUGAACUGAUCAAUAUAUAGUAAUAUUGAUUUAAGGCCGUAUCGCCCAGCCCUAGUUUUAAUGUUUGGGGAACAAACACAGAAACUCAAACCCGACAUCUUCUCGGUCCAGAGGAACUCAGAUCUGAUUUUAAACUCUCUCCAAAAUUCAUUUUUUCUCUCAUUAGGCUAAAUAACCGUCAAACCUAGAGGCUGUUUGCUGGACUUAAAUACUGACUCUAUAAGAUCCAUUUCCAUGUAUUUACCACCACUGCACUCUAGCCUUUAUGCUAAAUUGAGAGGACCAUCCAAGAAUGAGGCUAGAAGGGCGUCUACAGCAAUUAUUUGGAGUUUGGAGUAAGAGAGAGACGGUUUUCAUGCACUCGUCCCUGCCCUGAUUGAAUCACCAUCCUUCUCCUUAGGGCUGGGCGAUAUGUCCUCAAAUCAAUAUCACAAUAUAUUGAUCAGUUCACCUCGAUAACGAUAAAUGGACGAUAACUUCUCCACAAGCUGCUCACCCCCUCCCACAUUAACUUCGUCUACUUCAGCCGCUCCAACUUUUGAACCGUCCUCCAUCUCCUCACCUGUCUUUCCCUCUUUGUUACAGACUGGAUGGGGUGGAGUCACGUCUCUGAUGUAGGACAGCGUCUUAAAGGGACAUGAGACCAUAGCCUACCUACACACAUCCAAAAACAACUUUGAUUUUUUUUUUUCAUUUUGACACCAAAUAUACUGAUAUGGGCAAAAUGACGUUGGUUAUUGUCUUUAAUUUUGGUAUCUGUAAAUUUAUCGCCCAGCCCUACUUCCCCUGUCGGUUGUCGUCAUCGCUCCUUCUUCUCUGGUCACUGAGGAGUUUGUGUUUUUUUCAGGGUACGUCUACAGAAACUGCACCGAACACGGAUGGACAGAGCUGUACCCGUCCUACGAGGAUGCCUGCGAGUUUGCGGAGUAUGAAGUGACAGAACCACAGGUACGAGUUUCUCAGUCAACUAUCACUCAGAAAUAUAAAAACUGAAUCCUGCUGCUGCUGCUGGUUUGAACCUGAUCAGACAGUCUGGAUAUCAUAAAUUAACAAAGAUUCCUCCUUUUCAGCUCCGGUUGGUGGAUAUUUAAAGACUCACAGAUAAAACAGGCCGCUCUGUCGUAGAUUGCCGUCAUACAUCUCUCCCAGUGAUGCUUUUUAUUCUCCAUAAUGACCGUUAAUUACUAACCUUGCACUAACAGCCUGUAAUUUCCCUGUUAUGGUUAGAUGGUGCUCGCUGACAGAUGCUAUUUGCAGCAGGUGGUCCCGUAGAUGACUGACACUCCUCUCCUUCUCUGAAAGAUCCACAUGAACCCCUGCGAGCGCUGGUCAUUUAUUACAUUUCUAUAAAUAUCUCCUGUUUUCCUGAGCUGUGACCCCCCGGCUGCUGAGUAAAUAUUGACUCUGCUCACAAAGAGGAAGCAGAGUGAUGUCGCUCCCGGGCUGCAGAAAGCCCGAGGGUGGAGGUUAAGACGGAGGAUUUCAUGUUCACCGAGAGAUGCUUUUCAUAAAGGCUGAAGGCUCAAGAUUUAUUAAAGAAGUGCACAAGUGAACAACCUGUCAGAUGGAUGAGUGAAGGGAGAUAUUUUCAGCAGCUCCGCGCUGAGACUGAAGUUUGAAAAUUGGAUGUUAAUGCCGGUUCACGAGGACGAGGAGUUCUCACAAAAGGGUCAAACACUUCAUUUCUGCAGAGACUCUCAAGUGUCUGCAGAGUCCUGGACCUGCAGGGUGAAGACUGAUGAACCAAAUCACUCACUCUGGUCCUGCUCUCAUUUCUUCUACUCUAAUUUUCUUUUGCAUUGCAGACGACGUACUUCUCCAACUUCAAACAGGUGUACACAGCCGGCUACGCCACCUCCCUUAUCUCCCUCAUAUCGGCCAUUUUCGUCUUCACUGUGUUCAGGUAAACGGCAACUUUUAACAGAACAGCAGGAUAAGUAACUGUAUUUCUGCAUUAAAGUAGGGAAACUGUAACUGUGUGUUAGAUUACUAUCUCAGGUGAAAUACAGUAAAUGUUAUUUAUUACAGCAAAAUACUGCAAUUGACGAGUACAAUCAAUUACUGUAUUGACUUUUUACAGUAUAUUACUGGUGACACUGCUGCCAGGAAAAUACAGUACAUUUUGAUUAUCACAGCAAAAUACUGAAAAUGUUCACUACAAUAACUUAAUGUAUUUCGUUUUAACAGUAACAUACUGAUGAAACUGCCGCCAGUAAAUUACUGUAAUUUUGACUGCACCAUUGAUUACAGUAACUUUUCCUUAUUUCCUUUAUACAGAAAAUAAGCUGAUAAAAUACAGAAAAUAAGCCAAUAAAAUACUGAACAUUUUCAUUAUCACAGCAAAAUACUGAAAAUGUUGACUACAGGAACCCACUGUAUUUUCUUUUAACAGUAAAUUACUGUAAUUUUGAAUUUUUACAGCAAAAUACUGCACCAUCAGUUACAGUAAAGCAUGAGCAGAGCAGCUGCCAACAAGACAGAAAUGUUCUGCACUGUAAAACUUUUAACUGUAAAAUUACAGUAAAUUACUGCUGCCAGUAGUUUACUGUAAUUUUCCCAGUAUUUCUACUGCGAAAAGGAAAAACUAUAAGUUGCUGUAAUCAAUGGUGCAGUAUUUUGCUGUAAAAAUUCAUAAUUACAGUAUCAUACUAGUGAAACUGCUGUGCCAGUCAAUUACGGUCAUUUUGAAUUUUACACCAUUGAUUUUAGUAACUUACAGUAUUUAGAGAUGUGGGAAAAAUGACAGUAAACUAACAGCAGCAGUUUCACCAGUAAUUUACUGUGAUUUAACCAUUGUUUCUGUCUUGAUGGCAGCAGCUCUGCUCAUGCUGCGAUCUUCAAAAGUGCUUGUUAUUUCUCCUUUUGAUAAAUUAUCACAGUGAAGCUCUUUCUUCACUCCUCAGGAAGUUCCACUGCACAAGAAACUACAUCCACAUCAACCUUUUCUUCUCCUUCAUCCUGAGAGCGAGCGCCGUCUUCAUCAAAGAUGGCGUUCUCUUCGCCGAUGAGAACCUGGACCACUGCUUCAUGUCUACUGUGAGUAUCGACAUGUAACACAUAUGUAACCUCUGCAGCAGGAAACCAGUAAAAACACGCCUGAUCGUGGAGCAACGAGAAGUCUCAUCCAAACUCGAGUAUCAGAGAGUGGGGACGGCAGAGUCCGAGUUUUGUUGUUGGGGACAUGUUGGAUUUAUAAUCUGAAGACAGAGAGGAAAUUUAGAGCGAUGUAAAGAGGUAAAUAAAAAGAGCAGGAGAAGCUGUAUUUGGUUUUCUGGGCAUGAACCUCUCCGAGUCAGAAGAGCUUCUCGUCUCAGAGAUCGGGGUGAAGAGGGAGUAGAGACUGAGAGGAGCCUCUCUGAGGAUUAAAGACGAGUGCGUCUCUUCCUGUUUUUUCCACUGAAGUGAAGGUGAGUGUCCUUCUCACGUGGCUGAAUGGACCGGCAUUAAGUCAAGCAACAACACGGAUACACGGAUAUAACAAUAUACCAAAGUGGAAACAGACAAUCCAGGAGGAGGCUGCUCUGCAACACCUGUCGCUUUGACCUCAUUUGUGUUGGAGAAGAUCUGAGCAUACCGUUUUAAAAUACAGCAUAGGUGCAGUAAAAACGUGACUCUCGUACCAGCAGAAGGGAUCAGUGUUUAGUGUUUGCAGAAUAAUAUGUGACUUUAAAGACGGAAAUAAACAUCGAGAAAAGGAUGAAAACAAACGUCUAUUCCCCAUCGCUCUUUAAAAGUUUGAUACAUAUGUGGUACAAUUCCAAAUAAAAACGCAGUGCUGUGUACAGAUUUAUGGAUAAAUACAUUUAAAGGGUAUUAUUAAAUCUGCCUGUUCAGAUUAGCAAACUCCUUAUAGUUUAUCCUGUCAUGUUUUUGUUUGUUUUAUUUAUACAUACAUUUACUGUAUAUACUUUUUUUGUUUGUUUUGUUUUCUCUAUUACUUUUAUCCUGCUGUUUUUACUCUGUGAAGUGUCCUUGCAUGUCCAGAAAGGCACUUAUAAAUAAAAUGUAUUAUUAUUAUUAUAAACAACUCUGCAUAUACACAAGUAUUGCUCAAUUGCUCUAUUGGACGUGAGCUACACUAAUAACAUAGUACACUUGAUACUGCUGCUUCUGUUACUUUAAAUAUAAGUAAAUAUUAAACCAAAUUUAAUGUGUUCAUAGUUAUUUACAUACGCAACUUACUGUCAGAUGGUCUCUGAGGCUAAAGCGUUACAGGAAAUACCCAACAAUGACCACUAGAUAAUAAUAAUACAAAUAAUACUACUACUAAUAAUAAUAAUAAUUAAUUUUAUUUGUAUAGCGCUUUUCAUGACACUCAAAGACACUUUACAUAAAGCAUAAAAUUUGAAUAUAGCAAUAAAAAAUAAAAAAAUAAGUAAAAUAGUCACAUGUUAAAGGCAGUUUUUAAAAAGGUGGGAUUUUUAGAGGGGAUCAGAGGAGCGGAGGUUGCGCGGGGGAUUGUGGCGGUGGAGCAGGGUGCUGAUGUAGGAGGGGCCUGAUUGUGAAGAGCUUUAUGGGUGAGGAGAAGGAUUUUUGAAGGUGAUUUUGGAGGACAGGGGUGACGUGGUCUCUGGAGCGGGUGUGGGUGAGCAGGCGGGCGACAGAGUUUUGGAUGUUCUGGAGUUUUUUGAUGAGUUUGGAUGAUGAGCCGUAAAGGAUGCUGUUACAGUAGUCCAGUCUUGAAGUGAUGAAUGGCAGCGAAACACUACAAACAAAUGCAAAUUAUGAAAUAAUUUAUUUUCUCAAACUUAAAAGGCAGAACACAAACUCUAAUAAUAAGUGUUAAUUUAAUAUAUCAGACUAUCACAGACUUUUUUACGUGAAGGUCUGACUUCAUGUCCUCGAGCUGUUUAACAUGCAGACGCCGCACAUGUACUAAUUUAAUGAACCUUUAUCAGCCCGUCUCAGACUUAUAACUCUCGUGUCCUCCUGUGACGUUUUCUCCCCGCCGCAGACUUCCUGUAAAUCAGCCGUGGCUUUCUUCCAGUUCAGCAUCCUGGCUAAUUACUUCUGGCUGCUGGUGGAGGGCAUGUACCUGCAGACGCUGCUCGCUCUCACCUUCGUCUUCCAGAAGAAAUACUUCUGGUGGUACAUCCUCAUCGGCUGGGGUGAGUCACCUGGUUUUCAGUCUUUACCUGUCUGCUUUUCAAAAGUUACGCAUUAACCCUUUACUAACCAUGAGGUCUCUCUGUGCCUGCAGGUCUCCCAACGACAAUCAUAACGGUGUGGAUCCUCACUCGAAACUUCUACGAUAACACAGGGUGAGCUCGGAUUAAAUACACAGAAAUAAAACAUGAUAACGACGCACAAGAUUACACCAUCAGGAACAGAUGGUUAAAAGCUGACGUAGACGGAGCCUUGAUGAGGUUUCGCUCCCUCCUCCUGCCUCCUGUCGUGUGUUCGGUGAUGAGAUUUCGGAUAUAGUGCUUCUGUGGCCUCCUUGUUGAUCGCAAUAACCCGUGUUGUGUGUCUCAGGUGCUGGGAUGACACAGAUGUGGCUUUCAUCUGGUGGAUCAUAAAAGCUCCAAUAACAGCGUCACUGCUGGUGAGUGCAGAGCGGUCACACUGGGAGAUGAUGGAGGAUAAUAAGAGUCCUCCAUCACGAUCGGGCCGCCGCUCCUCUUCAUGUUAGAGGAAGACAAGAAAAGGGAAUCUGAUUUAGUCCUGGUUUCCUGCUGUGUGUUUGUGUUUGUGUUUUAGAGAGAGGUUAAAACAAACUUCUGCUCCUGUAAAACUAAAUUAUUCACACGUGCAUCAGGAGAGAUCAGAUCUGAGCCGCAGGAAAUAUGGAGAGAAGGAACAAGAUUUAAGAGACGGUAUAAUCCUGGACGGUGAGCGUAUUUUUUCCUCAUUUUCUUCGAUGGUGUCGUGCAGGUGAACUUCAUCAUCUUCAUCAAUGUCAUCCGAAUCCUGGUCCAGAAGCUGAGAUCUCCUGGUGUGGGCGGGAACGAUACGAGUCACUUUAAGUGAGACAUGCAUCAAGUCCACACACACACACACACACACACACACACACACACACACACACACACACACACACACACACACACACACACACACACACACACACACUCUCUCUUUGCAGCCGUCAGUGACCUUGGUUUGAACUCUGUGUGCAGGAGGUUAGCUAAAUCCACUCUGCUCCUCAUCCCUCUCUUCGGGAUGCACUACAUGGUGUUUGCGUUUCUGCCUGAACACACCGGAGCAGAGGCCCGGAUCUUCAUCGAGCUGGGUCUGGGGUCCUUCCAGGUGAAACACUCAGCACUGAUACCUCAGACAAAUGAGAUAUUUAUGACAAAAUAAGAGUCCGUUCAAGUUUUCAACGACUGUUAAACAUGUUUGGAUGUUUUUCUGCUCUUCAGGGAUUCGUCGUGGCUCUGCUCUACUGUUUCCUGAACGGGGAGGUGAGUCAACGCUCUACAACAUCAACAUUAAAACACUCAACUUUGUAUUUGAGAGCUUUUUCAGGUCUUGGUUUACCUGGUUUUCCUUAUUCAAUUAUCAAUCCAUAAAACUUAUUAACUUUCAAUAAACUUCACAACAGCUGCUCAUGACGUCUUCAUUAUUAUAACUCAAAAUAAUCUCAAAAAGUCAUCUUAACCAGUGUGUGGUGUGCCGGUUUAACUGAUAGAAAAGUGAUAUAAGAAAACGUCAUCAAUAUGAAACUCAACAGCCUUAACUUCUCCAGGAACGUCACAGCGCAGAGUUAAACAAAGAAAAAAGGACCCAAAUGUAGAACCAAGGAUUUAUUUAAGCAAAAGAAAAAAAGAAAAGUCCAACGAAAACUGAGUCUCAAAAUGUCCGACUGAAAAAUUCAAAGGAAAAAACACGAGGAGAGAAAUUCUGAACAAACAAAAAACCACAAGGAGCUGAACUAGAGAUCCAAACAUAGGAGGGAAAACGAGGGAAGUAAAACCAGAGAGAUCAACUCCUACAAAAUAAAACAGGAAAUAAACACUGAAAACUGAUCUGAAGAAUAAAACACUGAGAACAGGAGGGAAACAGGGUCAAAGAUAAACUGAAAACUCACAAGACUGGACUACAGGGGAACAGGAACACAAGGAAAAACACACAGAAAAUGACAAAACCAGGGAAAAACAACGCACAAGUUCUUCUUAAUUUCAUUAUCACUCACAUCUAUGAAAAAAGCAGUUUUUUGUAAGUUGUUGCAGGGGUGUGAUUAAUGACUAAGCCUCUUCAAAACACACACACACACACGAGGUGAUAUUUUUAAACUUGUACUUUCUCUUCACAUUUUGACCUCUCAUCCUCGCACACACACACUUUUAGAUCACCGCAGAAAAACGCCUCCUGGGUUUCGUCACCAAAAACGUAACUUUUAAGAAGUGUUGGCAUUGUUGGACAGGACAGUUGUUGUUUAUUGUAUUAAGUACGUGUCGAGAUAGUGGACGUGGAGGUUCUCUGCAGCAUGGGGGCUAAAAUAUACGCCAUGCUUUUUCAUUUUUCAGUAACACCAUUUCCUGAAAAAACUGCUCUAAACAUGAAAACACGUGUUCUCCUGCAGCGCUGAGACGUAAAAGCCUGAUUACACGUUAUUACCACCUACUGUCCUGGUGUGCUAAUGUGAGCGUUUCUACGUAUUGGAGGAAUACGCAGAAAUACCUAAAUAUGUCUGCAUACGUGUCUUCAAAGAUUAACCAUAAUCCGCCUGUUUCAUCGCCCUGCUCAUGAAGACAGCUGUUUAGUUUUUCUCCUGUUUUGACUACAGCAGAGUUGAACGUUAAUUGAAUUCUGUUAAAUUGAAGUUUGUGUGUGUUUGUGUGUGUUUGUGUGUGUUUGUGUGUUUUCAGGUGCAGGCGGAGCUGAAGAAGAGGAUCUGGAAGUGGCAGACUCAGAGUUACCUGAGCUACAGUAAACGGCGGCGUACGUUGUUCACGGAGAGCAGCACCGUCACUCAGAUAUCCGUCCUGGACAAAUCCAGCCCCAAAGAGCAGCUGACCUCGGAGGUUCACAGUCUCACGCCCAACAACGUGUCCGCCGUCUGAGAACGAAACACUCGAACCGAAGAGAGAGUGACUGAACCGCAGAUCUCUGAAUGUCGAAGGUACCGCCUAACUCUGUGGGUACUGAACAUUUGCAGAAUCCCACGUGGACCGCCUGAUUUACCGAUGUUUACUGAGAAAACAUGUUUUGUUUUCAGUUCGCCAUCACUCAAACAUCGCUCCCGCCUAAUUUAUCCCCAUGAUGGUCAUUAUUUUUCACCCUACAGGCGCCUGUCAGGGAGGUCACGGCUCCUAUAAGAGGAAAGUUUUCACUCUCAGGACUCAAACCACAAACCCGUUUCACCCUUUUUAAAGAAGCACUUACACCCCGGUGCUGAAUGUGGCUCAAAACGUGACUUUAAAAAAAAAUCAUCUGUGUUUGGAAUCACAAUGAGCCGCUUUAGUCUCAGCGCCUCUGAUUGUUUCUGGUUCAGAUCUCAAGUGAGAAGAGAAAGUACAAAUCAACAGAAGUGAUAUUAUUCAUACGUGUUUGUGCUGAAAACCAAGAGGAUAAGAGAUUAUUCGGAUGAGGAGAGAGAAAAGCAAGAUUUCCUCGUCUGUUUUCGAGAAGUUUGAUUGAAUUUAACCCGCUUUUUCUCCAAAACACAGUGUGCGAACACGCUCACAGUCGGAUCAGAAAACCCGGGGCUGUUUGCAGAGUCAGUGACGGAGCGCUCGGCUCGAUCGCUGUUGUUUGUUUUUGGCACCUUUCUGUUGGUUCUCUCGUGUUAAAGGUCUCAGCUGGAGUUUAUCCACCAGGUUUAUGUCCACAUGGUUUUUUACGCAGCUUCAAUCCCAAUUAUUAAUGCACUUACAGCUUCACUUUCCUUUUUAUUUGAGCUUAUAUAGAUCAGAACCUGGUGAUUAAUUGAUUCAUAUUCAUAAAUAUUUUGUUUUUUUAUUUCUCUGUUUUGGCGUCUCUAACGUCCCUGUAAGUUCACAUGUAACAGUCAUUAUGUGAAUGCUGGUGGAGUAAAAGCUCAAAAGCGCCCCCUGCAGGUUUGAAAACUUUGGCUCCUCUCGUUGAUGACACCUAAAAGUUGAAUCAAGACUUUCAAAAUGUCUCUUAUCAUGUUUAAAACCCAACAGGAAAUCAGCUCUUUUGAUUUUCAAAAUAAUGCUUGUCUUUAUUUUGUUUUUAAACGAACUUCCUCUAAAGGCUUCAUCGAUUAUCUCUGAAUUUGGUCCGAAUAUUGUGUCUCUAUAUGGGACAGGAAGUUGUUGUUACUGCCUCUACAUUCUUCAAUCUGCUCCAGAUUUCACAAGCAUGAACAGAACAAAUCCAUAUGACAGGUAACAGAUACAGUCAUAGCGCCACCUUGUGGUAAAAGGGAAAACUGACUUUUUUGUGCAGUGUUUCCUCUGUUUAAUUCAUAGACUGUAUAUAGAGUGGACACUGUCUGCCUCCUUGCUGGGUGAAGCCACUGUGAGAACAGCACCCUCUGGUGACGGGCUGCAGUAUAGGUCAUAAAUCCCGCCUCCUCCAGCAAUCCCUAUGGAGCUGUGGACAAACUUUAGAAAGUUAUUACACAGAAUAUAAAUAAAAAACCUGCACCAAAGUCACAGCACCACCUACUGGUCAAAGCCGGUAUGGACUGGUUAAAGCGAGGGUCGGUCAAACCCCGUUUUCAUCUUACUUUUCUCGUCACUCACUUAAUGCCGCUGGUGUCUUUUGAAUGUUUGAGCGUCAAAUUUGUGACGGAGAAAAGUCUGUCGUAUUCUUAACUUUGUUCAUUUAAAGCUCCUGUGAGUAACUCUUGGAUCAUGUGGGUUGUGGCGCCCCCCUGUGGACAAAGCGGUAUCUCUUUGCUGAUCUUGUAAAAAACAUUAAAAUCUCGUUUUUCUUUACUCUUUUAAAACUCGUUAACAAUUUAAAAAAACCCUCACAGGAGCUUUAAAGGACCGUGCCCAUGUGGCUCUGCAUGCAACAUGUUGCACAGUGCACUAGCGCACAUCUGGAGCACUCGACUGUAAAGCUAUUUAUUUGUCUGAUUAACAGUUUUUACGUCUUUGUGUGAUUGUAAAUAGACCUGAUCUGGAGUUUACAUGUAUUUUAUGAAAAUCCUUUAAAAUUCAUGUCGACAGAUUUGUAAAUAGAUCAGCUGUAAGUGAUCCAUCAACUUUAAAACAGACAGUUGAUCUUUAUACUUAUACCUUGUAAAAAAUUUGAUUUUCUUUCUUUUUUGCUGUAAUUUUGCACAAAGUUUCAAUGAAGCUGAGCUAACGACGGUUGUGCUAAUGCUAAUGCUAAUGCUAAUCCAGAACCAUUUAAUCACUUCAGGAGGAUCUCUGUGCUGUUCUUUUGUUGUUUGUACCCGUGUUUGAGUCAGCUAAAGGUACGCUGUACAGAUAUUUGUACAUAGAAAUGUAAAAUUUGAACCAUCCGAGAUAAUUUCACCUUCAAACACGACAGUGCCUUCAUUAAAACAGUGUAACUCAGUGUUUCUCUGCAGUUCAGGUGAUUCAACCUAAAGGAGGUUUGCAUUUAAAGUCUGUGGAACAAAAAUCACGUCUUAAAGAUUGUAACAUGAUUUAUUUUUAUUUGUGCGGUGUAAACAGAUUUGCUUCUGUGUUGUUAUUUCAAUCAGAGAAAUGAGGUUUUCGUCAGAUUUAAACUGUACAGCGUUUUUUUCUCUUUUGUUGUUUGUUAAAGUGACGUUGAUUUCUUUCCAGGUCCCGGUGUACGACAUGAAAACAUGUUUCUCAGUUGGUGUUUCUCUCUUAUUUGUGUCGGAGUGAACGUGAAACGAUGAUUGGCGAUAUAUUUCAGAUAUAAGUCUGUGUAACCUGUGAAAAGACCAAAACCAACGAAUGUGUAAGUCUGUUAGUCGAUAUCUAAAGACUUUCUUUGCUUUUAUUUAUUUCAACAUCAUAUUUUUUGCAUCUUGAAGGGGGGAAACAUUAAGCUGUUAUUAUUUUUGUAAAUUUCAUCCCUGUUGUCAUCAUGGAGAUGUCAAUUUUAAUGACUUUUUGGUCGUUAAAAAAAAGUUUAAACCAUUAGUCAGUUUUCUCAUGUUUGGGUAUCACCACCAGGGAAGGAAAUAUCAUUUCAUAAAAUAAUUAUGAUGCUUUUAUUUUGACGUUUUUACUGACUCACUUUUAGGUUGCAUUAUUUCCAAAUUUGUGAACCAUGCUUUUAUUUUGAAAUGAAGAAUUUGCUCCUUCAAGUGGAUCAAAAGGGAUGAAAUUUAUUGAAAACUUGAAGGGAUUUACAACAAUUUAAAAGUGAUAAAAGUAUCUGACAAUUUUCAUGGAGGGAUGCUACAUCUAGCCAGCUCCUGCUCCUGCUUCUUCUUCGUUUUUACUUCAUUUAUUUGGAUUUUAUCAUUCUGGUAUAUUGCAACAGCCCUGAAAGUUAGAAUAAAAAGUGACGACAGAGCAGGUAAAAAUAUGAUUAUUUAGCCCCCCUUGUGAC